CUUGAUUUUUCUAGAAAGAGUUAGCGUGAACUCGGAACAGUCAGCUCCUCUAAAUGUCUUAAGAUCCCGAAGAUCCUCGUGUGUGCAAGUCAAAUUUUGGAGUCUGCUUUUAAAUCUUGCAUCAUCAUUGCUGUUGUGACAUGGCCACAUCGUCGGGAAAACGGACCAAUCCUGGUUCCAAAGAACGAAAGAUUCGUACAGCAUUCGUAUUUGGUCCAAACGGAGAAAAUACGAUUGUUGUGUUCGAAAAUGAUGAGGUGUUUGGUCUCGGCAAAAAUCAAAACGGGUGUCUGGGAACUGGCGGAACAGAUGAAUUGACGGCGUUCGCGCGCAUUGAAAAAUUGUGUGGCAAAAAGAUUGAACGGUUUGAAUACGGCUCCUUUGACAACAAAUUCAGCAUUUUUGCCAUUUCGGCGAUUGGCAACCUUUUCUCAUGGGGAGAAAACAGCUAUGGCCAACUUGGACUAGGGACGGAAAGUUACACCAGAGUUCCCACCAAAAUUCGGGUGUCUUUGGACUGGAAUGUUGUUCGAGUUGCCUGUGGAAGGUAUCACACACUGGCCCUGACAGUUGAGAGACAGGUGUUUGCCUUUGGUCAAAAUCUGUAUGGCCAACUAGGUCUGGGGUUGUCGGGUGGUCUCGUGACGAAUCCUCAAAAGAUUUGUGGACUACUUCGGGGGAGAGUUGUCACUUCGAUUGCAUGCCAAGCUCUCUCUUCCUUUGCUCUUUUGGCUUCAGGAGAGAUUUUGGCUUGGGGUUCCAACUUGAAUGGAAGGCUGGGUUUGCCUUUGUCUCAAACGGAAACUCCAAAUACUCCUUGCGAAGUCGAGGGCCUGAAUAAGAUUUCCAUUUCACGUGUCGUCUGUGGAGACCAUUUCACACUGGCUUUGUCUAAGGAAGGAGCCAUUUACGCCUGGGGAGGAAACAUGUAUGGCCAGUUAGGAAACGGCUUAGAGUUUGUCAGGACCCCAACCAUUAUUUCUAGCGAGAUGGGUGCAAGGGUGAAAGACAUUGAUGUCUCCCGCUUUGAGGAUCACACGUGUGCAGCAAUAACUGAAAAUGAUCAGGUUUACAUGUGGGGCAGCCAGAGUGGAAUAACCAUCAAGAAACCAAUCCGUACUACCUGCUCGUCUUUGGACAAAGUUUUCUCUGAUGCCUCGUCUUCUGCAGUGUCUUGCCAAUUGAAAGGGAUGAUGAAAGAACAGGAUGCCAGGGAGGACUCAAUCAUUAAGUGCAUCCAGAAAGGGUUUGACAAUCCUGAAACAGCUGAUGUUACAUUCAUUGUCGAGGAAAGGAAAAUCCACGUGCACAAAUUCGUGUUGAUGAUGAAAAGUGUUGUCUUCAAGAAACUAUUCCUAGGAAAUUGGAAGGACAGCUGCGCAAAGGAGCUAAAUAUUGAGCGGUACAGCUACGACUCCUUCUACGCUUUCCUCAAGUUUUUCUACACCGACGAGAUGGAUUGCACACCAGAACUGGCUCCUGAAGUCUUCGCUGCAGCCCAUUUCUAUCGAGUGUCUGGCCUGAUGGAGGAGUGUGAAGAGAUCAUGAAAUCCAAUUUGUCGGUGAAAAAUGCAGCUGCCAUUUACGAGGAGGCAACUUUAUGUGGAGCCAAAGACCUUGAGAAGUUCUGCUUCAAUUAUUGCAAGAGGAAUCUGGUUGAAGCAGUGCACAGUUUCGAGUCUGAUGAGUGCAAAAGGGAAGCCAUCAUGGACGUUUACCGACGUGCGGCCAAUCAAGAUACAAACUGGAAGAACAGUUUGGCUGAACUCUUCAUCCAUGCCGUUGGAACUACAUUCAAUUUGAUUUCUCUCUGCAAAUUUUCUUGCAAAUAAUGUGAGUUAUUAUUUGAGUUCAAGCUUGCUAGAAAGGCAAAAGCAUUGAGUGCUUUUUGUAGUUUAUGGAAUUUCAUUUAAUCAGCAUUUGAGAUUCUUAAAUGAUCCAGGCUGGAAACUGGAAAUCAAAACAAAGUUGAUUCUUUUGAACUAAAGGUUUACUACUGUUUAUUCAACGAAUUUUUCCCACCAAUAUUGUCUGUGAACUGCUUUUUUUAUUUGAGUUGUCUACAUUCCGCUCUGGUAAUGGUUUGUGAGCCACCUGAAGUUUGUAUUAUUUUUGGAUAGAAUUAUGUGAACAUGUUUCACUGCGAUACAUGCAUGAAUUUGAUACUGAAUUAUUUUUUAGAAUGCUACUGCUCUGGUGGCACUCGAGCAAUGUAACGUUUGGAAUAUGAAAUAAAUUGGACUUGAAGU